AUGUCAUCAAAUGUCAGUGAGAUUGUUGAUUUGUGUUGUGAUGCAGAUGCACCUUGUACAUCGAUUAGCGCAAUUUUCAACUCAUUGAAAGCACAGAGCAUUGAUUUGACCACUCUGAAUCUUACCAUCCAGAUUUCAGAGGGUCUCUAUAACAGCAGUGGAAAUACAGAUCUCUACAUUUUCGGACAGACCUUAAAUCUCAUUGGAAGCACCAACGGAUCAACAACUUUUAUCGGAUCUAGUAACAGAGUUUUCACCAUUCCAGAGCCAGUCGGAACUGGUGUUAACCCACCAAUCAUAACCAACUUGAAUUUACAACAACUUAAUUUCGUUAAUUUCACAACAACAGGUGGAUCUGUUGUCAAUGCAGAUAUUACAAAUACGACAUUGUUAUUGAAUAUCCAACAAUGUAGCUUCCAAAAUCUGAGUUCCACUGGCGAUGGUGGUGUUUUGCUAUUGAAUUUGAACUCCUUGUCACACGACAAUGCCAAUCUAUCUAGAAUCAAUGUAAAUAUUGCCGAUUCUCAAUUCAUUUCUAAUGGUGCAGCAAAUAGUGGUGGUGCAAUCAGUGUUACUCUUGGACAACUUAGAUUGGACAGAUGUUCAUUUCAAUCGAACAAUGCCAGUGAUGGAGGUGCUAUCAGCUCCACUGGUCCGGUAGUUGCAUUCCACUCUAACUUUACAGGUAACCAAGUCACUGACGAAGGUGGUGCACUCACCUUAAACUAUCAACAUAUUGCAUAUUCACUUUUCAGUCAUUGCCUAUUCACCGCAAACAAUGCAGUUACUGGUGGUUCAAUUUCAGGUCAUCAAACACAAAUACAUUUACAUAAAUCAAACUUUAUUCAAAAUAAAGCAGUUACCGGUGGAGUAAUUAAUUUGGUGGCACCAGCAAGUCAGUUGAAUGUAUCUUAUUGUUCUUUCGAUAGUAAUGAAGCAGAAGGUCAAGGUGGUAGUAUCUACCAAGAUAACAAUUCAAUCUUUUUGUUGACUCAAUCGAAUUUCACAAGGAAUACAGCUAACAGAGGUGGUGCAAUCAUGUUUAGUCAAUCGAAUGGUUACGUCAAUGGUGUUAUAAUGCAAUCGAAUGUCGCGACAUCUGGCGGUGCUCUCUAUACAACAGCAUCUCAUUUCACUAUGAACGAUACGGUGAUCGAAGACAACACUGCCGAUCAGGGUGGAAGUAUCUAUUGUUCAGACUCUGAGAUUACCAUUCCAUCCGCGAUUAUCAUCGAUGACAAUCACGACAACGAUAACACAACCAGCACCGAUAGUGCAGAGAAUCAAUUGAAUCAAUACAAUAUCUUUUGUAGCUUGGUACCGACCUAUACCUAUUGUAAGUUCUUUGGUGCCGACGACUACGUCGAUGUCUGUGGUGAAGUAGACAUACCAUCGAAAGGUGGAUUACCAAUCUCCAAACUCGCAUUGGUAUUCAUCAUCAUCGGUGGAGUCAUUGCAUUAGGUUUAAUAUCAUUUGGUAUCGGAUGUCUCUUGGCCAGAUCAACGGACAAGGGUGAUAAAAACUAUGCACCUGUACUCGACGCUAUCAACACUGGAAUAAGCGAUGACGAAGACAGAAAGUCUACAUCAUCAAAUUAA